AUGUCCGACUUGCCUCGAGAUCUACUCGAUGGGAUAUCCGGCGCCCUAGCCUCAGAAGGCGACAUCCUUCAAAUGAUCCUGAUUACAUUCAUCGGUCUCUCCUGCUACAAUAUCGCCGAGCUUCUCAUCCUGGUCCUCUCGACAUUUCGCCGCUGGCGCGGUCUCUACUUCUGGUCCCUCUUGACCUCCGGCUGUCUCGGGGUGAUCCCUUACUCGAUCGGAUUCCUCAUGAAAUUCUUCACCCCGACCGAUUCCAUCAUGAGCGUGACCCUCCUCACGAUCGGGUGGUGGACCAUGGUCACGGGUCAAUCGGUCGUGUUGUACUCGCGCUUACAUCUGGUCCUGCGCGAUGAGAAGAUCCUCCGGCGAGUGCUGUAUCUGAUCGUGAUGAAUUUCUUCAUAUUACAUAUCCCCACGACGAUUCUGACCUAUGGAGCGAAUAUCGUACGCUCGGGGGACCGGUCCUGGAUCGAUGGCUAUAAUAUCAUGGAGAAGAUCCAAUUGACGGGAUUCACGAUCCAGGAAUCCCUCCUGGGAACCCUGUACGUGGUCGAAGCGGUCAAAUUGCUCCGACUGGGUGCCGACGUGACGGCUCGUCCGCAUGCGCGAUCCAUCAUGUACCAACUGAUCGGGAUCAACGGGGCCAUUAUCACGAUGGAUCUGUUGCUCUUGGCGUUGGAGUAUGCCAAUUUCUACGCGGUGCAGAUCACCCUCAAGGGGUUCGUGUACUCGGUCAAAUUGAAGUUGGAAUUCGCAGUGCUGGGCCGCUUGGUGGAUCUGAUUCAGGGAUCCAGACAGCCCAUCUCGAUUGUGUUGGCGGAUACCCUCCCCUUGUGUAUGUUGCAGCCGUCGUCUGGGACGCCGGGUCCGGAUGGAGAAGAUCUAUCGUGCCGGCCGGUGUCAAAAGAGACCAUGUCCACGACGGAUGGAGCAAGAAUCGUUGAGGGAAGAGUCAUUGUGGAGAUUGGACCGGGAAAUUCAUGA